AGUAAUCACAAUGCUCUUAUUAUUUCCAGAUACAAUGAAGUUUCUAAUAGCGAUAGCACUCGCGUGCAUAGUUGGCCUAGCCUACGGGCGGCCUCAAGGCAAGUACACCAGCAAGUGGGACAACAUCAACGUCGACGAGAUCCUGGAGUCCCAACGCCUCCUGAAGGCCUACACCGACUGCCUCAUGGACAGGGGCCGCUGCACUCCAGACGCCAAAGCCUUGAAGGAGACCCUGCCUGACGCCCUGGAGAAUGAAUGCUCCAAGUGUACUGAGAAGCAAAAGGAGGGAUCCGAUAAAAUCAUUAGGAAUCUUGUCAAUAAACAUCCUGACAUUUGGAAGGAACUGUCCGGCAAGUUUGAUCCUGACAACAAGUACACUGAGAAAUACAAGGACAAACUGGACAAGGUCAAGCAAUAGAUAUUAUCAGUCAUGAUGAAAGUCUUCUAGGUACGAAGUUGAUGAGCGUUUGAUUUGAUAGCGAUUUUUGUACAUUUUAAUAAACGUCAUUGUACCUGA